CCGACGAGCAGCACGGUCUCCCGGGAGACCGGGAAAGCCGUUUCGCACCCGGCGGAAUCGAAGUCUAGAGCUCCCUCAGUGUAUUUUGGGAAGUUAUGGAUCGUCAUGUCCCCAUGCAUGCAUUACCUGAAGAAAUCCAAAAGAAUUCGAGAUGCAAGCAUGCAAUUAAAAAGUCACCAAAAUGAAUUGCAGAGAGUACAGAAAGAAUUGAGUCAUUUGCAACAAGAGUUAAAAAUUAAACAGAGACAAUCACAAAUCUUCAGUCAGAGACUGACGGAGUACAAACAUUUCUGGAAUAAGACUCUUUCAUUAUUUACUUUUACUAAAAGAGAGCUAACCAGUAUUAAAAAUGAAGUAUAUGAUAAUUUUCAAAACUGGACUUCACUGAAAGGAGAAGUUCUUCUACAAAUUAAAUCCAUAAGUGAAACGGCUUUGACAGAAAUAAAGAUACUAAAUAAAAGUUUGACAGUGUCCCAGAGAAAUAAUGUAUGCCUUGAAGAGGAAAUGAAAAAUCUGAAAUUGUUGUCAGAUGCAGCCAUAUUGAGGUCUCAGCAGAUUCAGACAUCCAAACAACAGGAAGUAAACUUGCAAACCAGAUGCCAUGACUUGCAAAAAGAAGUACUAGAUUUACAGUGUCAAGUAGAAGCACUUGGGCUAAAACUUCAGAAGGCAGUGACUGAGAUGGACAACUACAAAGAAAAGCUCAUGAAUAAAUCUAAUGAAGCUGAUGAGUGUCAAAGAGAACUUAGAAAACUGAAGUUUGAAUCCAUUAUUUCUGAGUCACGGCACACCAGAUUGCUUAAAGAAAAAGAGGACUCUUCAAUGACUUGUCAACAAAUAUAUAAAACUUUACAAGAAGAACUGACUGCAAAAGAAAGACGAGAAGAAGACUUAAAAAGAAGAAUUAAUUUUGCAGAAAAUGAACUAGAGAUAACCAAAACUCUUCUGAAUCAGACAAAGGAAGAGGUUGUAACACUGAAAAACGAAAGGGAAUCGAUGCUAAUUUCACAUCAGAAAAGCAUCGAGCAGCUACAGGAAACCCUUAGACAGAAGCUGUUGAAUGAUAACUGGAGGGAGAAGAUUGAAGCUGAACUCGCCAAGGAAAGGGCUCAACAUUUAGUUGAAUUUCAGGAGCAAGCUCUUCUCUUUAAGGAAGAAGCUAAACUGGAACUUGAUAUUGAAAGGGAAAAACAUCAAGAAAUAAUCCAAAAGUAUAAGAAAGAACAAGAGGAGCUACAAAUGAAGGUAUCUGACUUAAUCGAAGGUACCACUAGAGACCUAAGGCUGAAAGUGGCCACUCUUGAAGAAAAACUCCAUGAAUCUCAUAUUCGAUAUACUGAAGAAUCCGAGUCAAAGGAGAAAGAAAUUGAAAACCUUAAAAAUUUGCUUGCAGAGUUUGAAUCACGCUUGAAGAAGGAAAUUGACAGUAAUGAUUCAGUUUCAGAGGACUUGAGGAAGGAAAUGAAACAGAAGUCAGAUGAACUGGAAAGAGUGAUGCUGGCACAAACACAACUGAUACAAAAAUUCAACCAGUCCCAGGAAGAGAACACUUUGCUUCAGGAAACAGUGCGUAGAGAGUGUGAAGAACGCUUUGAACUGACAGAGGCCUUGAGUCAAGCCAGAGAACAGCUCCUGGAGCUCAGGAAGCUCGGGGGACAGUUACCGCUGUCACCGUGCUCCCUCAGCCAGGGCAGCCUAACCUCCUCUGCCGCAGCCAGCGGCAGUCAGGGAGAGAGAAGGCUUGCAAGACUGAACUCAGAAAAGGAUCAGAUCCCCAGCCUGCGUGGAGUGUCAAAACCUACUGCUUCCCCAGCCUCAGCUCAGCCCAGCAGGGUCAGCAACUCAGGUUUGCCCACUCUUCCCCAGCCACAUCCUCCCCGGGGGCGACCGUCUUCAGUCAGUGAGACCAGACAGAGACUGGCUGCCAUUCUGUGGAAGAGACUGAGUCAGCAGUGAUGGAUCCAAAGUCAGGAGUGGCUGCACACAGCAUGUCUGUCUUUUCCAGAAGGCAGAGACUCACUGUAACUGAGGAUGAUAAAGAUCAAAUUAUUAGUGCAGAUCACGAAUGCAUAUUGACAGAUAUUUUUAACAAGAUAAUUGGAAAAGCUAGAAAAUUGUGGUCACAUUUUCCAAGAGGCCUUUGAAACUACAGCAGAUGAUGAAGUUGUUGGUAUUCCAGAGGGCCAAUUUCUAUAUUUAUGUAUUGUGUAUUUAGAUGUAUUCUAUGAAUAUGCCCUUUUAGAGAUCAUUGGUAAAAAUGUUCAUCCAUAGCAUUUUUCUUUUAUUUUUUUUGCACCAUUACAAGCAGAUAUAUUUCCACAAAAAAAUAGAUCAUAUAGGUUUUGUUGGUGUUUGUUCAUUUGUUUGUUGAGCUGAGUAGUUUAAAUAGAUGUAAUUAGUAUUCCGAAUAGAAAAUGAAAGUACGUUAGUCCUUAAUUUGAUAAUUUUCAAAGUGCUUAUUCAAAUAUUUGCAGAGUUCUUCAUCAUCAUUAUCCAAAGUUUCUCUUUGUCACCUCAUAAUGUAAUUAGUUAAUCUAAUUUCUUUUUAAGUUAGGUCAGAAGUAAUGAUAGGUAAUCUUCAGGAAGACAGUCUGGGGACCUUCUAGGAAAAGAGACAGCAACUCCAAGGAAAAGGUGGUUUACUUUUUGGUCAUGAAAAUAUCACUUGGUAGAGAUUUUAUACAUCGAAUGCUUUUUGGUACUCAGAGUCAGGUUUUGGUUUGAACUAGUAUUAUUCUUAAGUCAUUGUGUAGAAAACUAAUUUGAGACAGUUUAGUAGAGGCACAGUGCUACUUUGGGAUUCAAAUGUUAUUACCCCUGAAAAUGGGCAACUGUUUAACAUGUUUUCUGUUUUCAGAGUGAAAAAUUAAAACCAGAAACUAGACAGGCUAUUUUAUGUAAUCUUAAAGCUUCGGGCUCCUCCUGUUUCUUAAAACACAACUCUUUACCUUAGGCUAGUGUUCAUCUAUCCUUUUCUCCAUCUAAUAGAAGUGUACUUUUCUUCCAUGACUGAUUUUACACAAAUCCUUCAUCUGACUGUAUUGUGGACAUCCAGGCUUCUUACUCCCAGAUUAGAAUGAAGGUAACACAUGUGAAAAGUGGCACAUAAAACUCUUCUAUUUGGCUACCACACUGAGGAGAGAAUCCAAAUGUACUUGGAAUCCCUCCUGUGUGCAAAAACAAGUAAACCUACUGAGCAAAAUCAAGUUUAUCUCCAAUCUUUCAAAAGACUGAUGUAAUCUACCAGUAGGGUGUUUUAAUCUCAAAACAUUCCACAUUAGGUCUGCUAAUUUCCCUGACUAGUUUAAGUGAGCACAUCUAGUGUUAAGGUUUAUAAUGCACCUUAUAAUGGCAUUUGACAAGGGACUAUAACAUCACAUAAUGGUGGUGGUGCAGUGGACCAUAGAGGUCACUCAAACAAUCUCCUCCCCUCCUAUUUUUUUUUUUUAGCCAGUUUGUGUUUUAUUGGCUCCUGGAUGCUGCGGCCUUAACCAGUACUCCCGUGAUGUGUCUCACGCGGUGGGUCCAGCCGCUCCUUCCACUGCUUCUGCUGCUUCUUCGGGUUGUCUUCAUGCUUGUUGAGCCCAUGGUUCAUACACGCGUUUUCUUGGGCAACACACCGACCAGGGGCUUGUACUUCUAGACUUUACAGAAUUUCCUCCGGCUUUCUUCCUGAGUCUGGUUAAUGACAAUGAGAACAUAGGUGAUGAACUUACUAACAACUGGGAUCUUGGAGAGUUUGGAAGCUGCACCACCUGUCGCUUUAGGACAUGCAGCUGGGACAGCGCCACCUUCAGGACCUCCAGUUGUUUCAGCAGCUCCUCCACCUCCUUGUCACGAAUGUCUCCAGCCUUAAUCUGGCCAUGGCCAGAAGCUGCCACUAACGCCUUCUUGAAGGGAAAGAGCAAUUUGUAAACAGUAAUCUCUUUACAAAUUAAGAAUAGACGCCCAAAGAGUUCUGGCUUGGCUAAGAUGGUACAGCUAGUUAGUGGCUGAGUUCAAACCAGAACCACUAUUACCUGAUCCCAACCUUUCCACUUCACUAUUCCACUCACCAGAGUCACAGACCUCUACCAUGACUUUUGUCAGAAGCACCUACGCUGUGUUUACCUAAUAUUUUUAAAUGCCCUCAUUUUUUAAAACUUAAAUUUAUAUAAAAAGGAAAUUUGACCCAAGGAAGAAUAAUUAUAAAGUAAUGAGUUCAAUAUGCCAGUCAUAUUUUUUCUAAUAUACUUUAAGAUAAAUGUGUAUCUAUUAAAAUGUAAAAUGUUGCUGGUCUACCCCCUAAAACCAUGUUGUAUGAUUCUAGCAGCACUCGUGCCACACUCUGGAGACCACUCCACUAGGCCUCAUGCUUCUCAUCUGGUGUUUGCAUGUUCCAGUUACAAAUAUUCAUGACAUAAGGUGAUGGCAAAAGCUGGUGGAAGGUUUAGUAAAAGCAUAAGAGAAUAUUUUGGGUGACAGUUUUUGUUAUAUUAUACACGCUUUCCCGCAAUCUUUCCAUUUCAGCUCUCUCUUCAAGAGCCAUGGGAAUACAUCUUUUCUAAAUUAUGAACAUAUUUAAAUUUGUAAAGACAGCCACCCAUAAGCUUUUCUAAAGUGAUGUAAGGACCAUCAGUGCAAAACCUGGUUUCUCAGCUUGUUACACUCUUGCUUUACAAUGAGUAAUUCUGUAAAUAAUCACUCUGAGAAUAGAAUCCUAAUCUGCAGCAAAGCUGCGCUGUUGUCCACAAGUAUGUCAGAGAGUGAUUCCAUGGAUAAACAGAGAGACAAUAUUUACAUUUAUUUCAACCUAGACAGUUUAAAGCAGUUCAAGCUGUGUACUUACAUCUUUUGAAGAAAGGCACUUAAAGAAAAGAGAAUAGCAUUAGACUAUGUAACCUGAGAGUUAAGAACACAUUCAAACUUUCCUAAAUUUCUCACUGAUACAUUAACUUCUGGCAUGAAACAGUAUCAGGAAUGUUAAAAAAAAAA